AUAUAUUUCACGUUUGAUCUGCUGAUAAUGACUCAUCAUUUUGUCACUAUUAUAUAAUAAUUCCAACUCUGUUUUGUUUUUGCCUCUGUUACACUCUCAGACUUCUUGUUUUACUUUUUCUCAACAUUUUUUCUUCUCAUCCUCUUCAAUCCAAAGGAAGAUGGAUUUGAUAACUAAUGUGAAUGAGUAUGAGGCAAUUGCCAAGCAAAAAUUGCCGAAGAUGGUUUACGACUACUUUGUAUCAGGGGCAGAAGAUCAAUGGACUUUGCAAGAGAACCGAAAUGCAUUCUCCAGGAUUCUGUUCAGGCCGCGAAUUCUUAGGGAUGUAAGCAAGAUCGAUUUGACAACAACUGUAUUAGGCUUUAAUAUAUCGAUGCCUAUCAUGAUUGCUCCUACAGCCAUGCAAAAGAUGGCUCACCCUGAAGGAGAAUAUGCUACUGCUAGGGCAGCAUCAGCAGCUGGCACAAUCAUGACACUAUCCUCAUGGGCUACUUCCAGUGUUGAGGAGGUUGCUUCAACAGGACCUGGGGUUCGCUUUUUCCAACUCUAUGUGAUUAAAGACAGAAAUGUAGUUGCUCAGCUUGUGAAAAGAGCUGAAUCUGCCGGUUUCAAGGCAAUUGCGCUUACUGUGGACACUCCAAUUCUUGGUCGCAGGGAGGCUGAUAUUAAAAACAGAUUUACAAUGCCAUCGCACCUUGUGUUGAAAAACUUUGAAGGGUUGGAACUUGGAAAGCUUGAUAAGACUGAUGAUUCUGGUCUAGCCUCUUAUGUUUCUGGUGAAAUUGACCGGUCACUCAACUGGAAGGAUCUGAAAUGGCUUCAAACAAUCACUUCGUUGCCAAUUUUAGUGAAGGGUGUACUUACUUCUGAAGAUACAAAAUUAGCUAUACAAGCUGGAGCUGCUGGAAUCAUCGUUUCCAAUCAUGGUGCUCGCCAACUUGACUAUGUCCCUGCAACUAUUAUGGCUUUAGAAGAGGUUGUGAAAGCCGCAGAUGGAAAAAUUCCUGUUUUUCUGGAUGGUGGAGUCCGUCGAGGGACAGAUGUUUUUAAAGCACUAGCUCUCGGAGCAUCUGGUGUAUUUAUUGGAAGACCUGUGGUGUUCUCAUUGGCUGCUGAUGGUGAAGCUGGUGUAAGGAAAGUGCUUCAGAUACUUCGUGAUGAGUUUGAACUAACUAUGGCACUAUGCGGUUGCCGUUCACUCAAGGAGAUAUCGCGUGCCCAUGUUGUCACAGAGUUGGACCGCCAAAGAGUUGCUCCCAGGUUAUGAGAUUGUUCUCCUAAAUGGCUGGAGCCACCUGAGAAGAAAACACGCAUCAUGAACCGGAUGUUAAUAGGAAUUUAGAAUAAACUUUGUUCUUGUCUGGUGCUUCAAUAGGAAACUUUAUUUUGCAUAAUAAGUCAUGAGUGAUCCAUAAGAUACUUCUACUUUUUAAGUCAUUAGAAACUUCUCAUAACCGGAUGUUAUUAUUAGAUGUGACGCCAAAUAACAAAAUUUCAGCAAUCAUUUCGAUUAUUUAUUGUUGACUAGUUAUUUGUCAUCAA